AUGCGUUCUCUCCUCCUUGCCCGCACGUGCGCCUUCGCUUCGCGGCGCUUCCUCUCCGCGCUCGCCGGCUGCGGGGCCGGGGCCCCGUGCGCCGGCGUGGUGUACGGGUUCGGGGAUAAUAGCCAUGGCGCGGUGGGCCAGCCGCCACCGGCUGCCGACGCCUACGUGACCACGCCCGUGCCCUCCCUCCCGCCGUCCGUGAGCGCCGUCGCCGCCGGUCACUACCACUCCCUCGCCGUAUCUGCCGCCGGAGAGGUCUGGGCGUGGGGGCGCAACGACGAGGGCCAGCUCGGCCGCGGGCUUCACUCCCCGAGGAAUACUUGGAGCAACGCAGAACUGGUCAGAGGAUUGGAAAAUGUUCAAGUUCAAGCUGUAUCUGCUUCAGGCGUUGUUUCAGCAGCAAUAGGAUCUGAUGGUUCUUUAUGGAUUUGGGGGAGAUCAAAGCGUGGCCAACUUGGACUUGGGAAGGGUAUUGUAGAGGCAGCAGUGCCAUCUAAAGUGGAAGCUCUUGCUAGCUACGACAUUGUUAAGGUAUCAUUUGGAUGGGGGCAUGCCAUGGCAUUGACAAAGGAUGGAAAGCUAUUUGGUUGGGGCUACUCGGAAAAUGGAAGGUUAGGAGAAAUGGGUCAAAGCACUAGAGCUCUUUCUGCAGAAGAAUACAUAGGAAAAAUGGCAGACAAGUAUUCUAGUUCAAUGCUGGAGGCUGUUGAAAAGAUGGUUGAAGAGAAAAUUCGCAGUGAAGACAAUAUGCCCAUUAUCUGGGAACCAUCACUUGUUCAUGAAGUGAGUCGUCUUGAGGUGUCUGACGUAUCUUGUGGGCUUGAUCAUUCCUUGAUUCUCUGCUGUGAGUAUUUAUUUUCACUACAAACGAAACUCCUUGUGUGCAUAUUUGUGAUGGAUAAUACUUUUCUCGUGCUUCUCUUCUGCUCUCUUGGACAACUGGGUAGGAAGGCAGGGCCACCCAAAUUGCUUCCUGUUGGCAUGAGCUACAAGCCAUUCUCCAUGUCAGCAAGUGUCGGUCACUCUCUCACACUAUGCCAUACAACGACUGAGGGCACUGAUGGUGUGGAAACUGGCCUCCUCUCAUGGGGGUGGAACUGCAGCUCCCAGCUCGGACGGCCUGGUCAAGAGGACAUCCCUGCACUGGUGGACUGUCUGAGCACGGAGAGGCUGGUAACGGCCUCGGCUGGUCGAGUCCAUUCAGUUGCUCUCACGUCCAAAGGUGAAGUUUGGACCUGGGGAUCAGGCAGGAAUGGCAGGUUAGGUCUGGGCAGCUCCAUUGAUGAGGCGGAGCCGUGUCUUGUAGAUACCCUGGAAGGGGUGGAAGUCUUGCAAGUUGCAGCAGGGAUGGACCAUAGUCUCCUCCUGGUCUCCGAGUAG